UCAACCACUAAAUGAAUCCGAGUCUUUGAAUUCUAAGUAGACUUGCUGACGACGUCCAGAGCGAGCCCAAUGUUCGAUGGUCGUGUAUGCUUGAAGCUAUCCCAGUUUUCUGUCGUGUGAAGGAAAUCUGUUGGGGUUAGUCAUGGAGCAAGAUCAAUUGUGCUGGUAUGAUGCAGGUGAAGACUCAUCUUCGCAACAACGGCAGAAGCCUCAACAAGGACAAAAAUUUUCCCGUUUGCCGGUGAGCAUGCAGGUUGAUCAUUCAGAAUGGCCGAUGUUGGCGGAGACAGGGUGGGCGAUGGAUUCUACGAGCUUACCCCCUCCUUUGCCGUCGGAUCCUCGACAGUGUUCGUCGUCUUUUCAAAUCAGCAAUGGGGGAAUGAGUUCGACGUUUAGUGGCGACAAGAAUCAGUCUGUUCCAGAGGAACAAAGCUACAUAAACAAGGCGCCUCUCCGAGCGAACCGAGCGAGAAAUAACGGUGGGAAAUCUGAUGUCAGAAAAUUGAGCGGGAAUGAAACGAAGGUGGAGGUGGUGUUACAAAAACUGAACGACGCCAAGAAGGGGAUUCCUGAUGAUGGCCAUAGAGGCUGGAAAAAAUAUGGCAACAAGUCCAUUCAAAAUUCUAACCAUUGCAGAGGAUACUACAAGUGUAGCGUGAAGGAGUGCCGUGCGAAGAAGAUGGUGCAACCUACCGAUACGGACCCCACAGUAUUUGAAGUCACAUACGUGGAAAAACACACCUGCUCCAGUACUGCACAGCGACGGAACCGGUCCACUCGGGUUCCGGCAGGCAGUGCUGCUCACGCUGGACCGUCCCAGGGAAAGGACAAGUCUGCUGAGGCCAAUGAUGACGAACAAGCUACAUUUCAAGUGGGUGGGGGGUGCACAGGGGCAAUACAAGGCGCAGCUUCAUGCAAGAGGGGAAGAGAAAACGAGAGCGACAAUCACAGUUACCUGAACAACAUGGACACAUCAACAACGACUACGGCAUCCGAGGAGGAACGGGAGCAGGUCAUGGGCGAUGGGGACGCACCCAUGGAAACUUACCUCCACCAAAGCACUCGUCACCACCAAUCCGCGUACGGGUUGGAUCCGCUCAUAUGGCCAUUCGAAAUGGAAGCGAGUCUAUCAUCUGGGCACAAGUCGGUCAGUAUGGACUCCGAUUCGCCAUGAAUUGGUGGGGAAAUAACAGUGCUAUUACGAAUAUAACACAUCUUCAAAACCUGCUUAAUCCCUCGGAGUCUCUUAUUUUCCUUAAAGAAUUAGAGGUGGUACAGAGAAUAACGCGACAUGCCAUUCCUCCUGGGAAUACAUAUUGAGGUUGCAGGAAGUGGAUGAACUUGCUCCGAGUGUUACGAAUUCAAAGAAUUCAACCAAAGCACGAACGGCAGCUUGUGUGAGUAUGCUUAGUCUCUAAACCGACAUCGUUUCGUCAUCCGCUUACUUCAAAAUCAGCGGCAAGUGCAUGAUCACCACAUAUCCGACCAUUCCAGAGAUGGUGUACAAGCACUUCGGCAGCUAUGCUCGAUUAUUUUAAGUCAGCGCAACUAAUUUGAUCUGAGAGUCCUCAUACGUGAUUAAUUUCCUGAACAUGGGUUUAAGCAUGCAUAUUCUAGCUCAUGCUCCUAGUUCAGGCUGUGAGGAUCUUUACAACUUAAUGGUUGGGGAAACGUGUGUAAAAUAGCUUCAGAGGAGUUUCUGGCUCGUUGUUGGCUCUUAGAAAUGGUGCUCUAGUAAUCGGUCUGGAACUGGAUGGAUCUCUGUUUGAAUUGUACACAAACCACCCCACAUGAUACAGAGCUCUUUCUAGAAAUAAAAAUCAGCACAUGACUGUCCUUAUUCACUGCAA